GAACCGCCUGACCAACUGAGAAGCCGCUUACUUGACAUGUGCGAGCCCUUGAGCUGAUGUGGGCAGAUGAACUUACAAGGCCAUAUGAAGCCUGCCUGGGAGCACCAGGCACGCCAGGCCACUCCAUCGAGGGGUCCAGGCUCUUGGUGCAGGCAGCGGAAUCGCUGAAGGCGGAGCAGCGCUCCGAAGGCCUGAGGCUGGCGGAGCAGGCCCUGAGCACCUUCCGGCAAUGCGGCGACACCAGGGGGCUGGCGGAUGCUGGUCGCCUGGUGGCGCACGCCAUGAUCCAGCAGGAGCGGCGGAAGGAAGCGGAUCGCUUGCUGAAGGACGAGCUGGCAGUGUUCCAGACCUCCCAGGUCUACACGUCCAGGUCUGCAGAGGCGCGGCUACUUCUCGGGCUCGCAGAGGUCAGCUCAGACAGGCGAGGCCAGAAGAAGCGAGAGGAGGCUCUGAGGUUCGUGGGACAGGCCAGGACGAUGGCCAUCGACGAGGCCGACGUAGGCCUGCAGGCCUCCACGUUGGCCACCAUGGCUCGGAUCUUCGUCAAGUACAAAGGUGACCGGAAGGCCUGCGGAAAGGAGGCCUACCGACUCGCCUCGCAGGCGCUGCAGCUCUAUCAGCAGACCAAAGAUGUGCGUGGCCAAGCUAUCGCGGAGCACUGGUGCGCCUUUGCGUGCGGCCACCUGGGGGAACUGGCCGAAGCCAUUCAGCACCUGGGGGAGGCCGUGUCCUUCUGGCGCCAGUCCCAGGAUGCCAUCAUGGAAGCGGCUGAGCUGAUCUUCAUGGGUGAGUGGUUGCUGCACGGUGGCCAGCCCCAGCAGGCCGUGGUCGCCGUGGAGCGGGCUUUGGCCUGCUUCCACGCCUGCGGCGUGGAAGACCAGCGAGAGCUGCGGGCGGUGCAUCUGGUGGUCAAUGCGCAGAUCGCUCGGGGCGAGCCCUGGCGAGCCAUCUGGACGGCAGAGGAUGCGGUGGCCCGCUACCGCCACCGCAAGGAGCGGCGCAUGGAGGCGCAAGCCCUGCUUUGUGUGGCGAAGGGCUACAGCCACUCACCAUCUGGGCGAGAGCAGCAAGAGGUGCCCCAAGACCUGCAGAUGAAGAUGAAGCCGCCGCCAGAGGAGGCGGUAGCCGCCAUGCAGCAAGCGCUGCAGAUUGCGCGGCAGUUGAACGACUCUGUGCUGGAAGCGCAGGUCAUGACCGCGUUGUCUUCCACACACGUCAAGCGCGAGGAGAUGGAGGAGGCCAUCUUCGCGGCCCACGAUGCCUUGAGCCACCGCGAGGUCAAGGACACAGUGGGCAAGGGGGUGGCCUUCCAGUCCCUGGCCUCCGCCCAUCUUCACAACAAGGACUAUGACACCGCAGAGCGCGCGGCCCGUGCGGCGCGGGACAUUUGCCGCAAGGAGGACCUGUGGCAGGGGGACGCCAGCGGGUUGCUGUCCAUGGCAGAAGUACUCUUGGCCGAGGACAAGCUCGAGGAGUCGGUGGAGACGGCCAAGGAGGCUCAGGGCCUCUAUGCUGAGCACAAAGACCGCAAGGGCGAGGCCCAAUCUUUGCUGCAGGUGGCCAAAGCUCGGCUUGCCGGCAUGCACUACGAGAAGGCCUUGCACGCUGCGGAGCGUGCCCAUGAGCUGUUUCUUCGGGUGAAUGACCAGCUGGGCAAGUGCAGCGCGUUAGGGGUGAUGGCAGAGUGCAGAAGUCAGCUGCUGCAAAGACAACAGCAACAGAGCACAGCAAAGUUCUCCCGGGGCAAGCGAGCCACCGGCGUCAAAGCUCCACUGCCCUGGGAGGAGCUCUCCCGAGCCGCCAAAGUGUCCAAGGAGGCCACCGAGGCGGCGAAAAGGGUGGGGGACCUGCAGGCAGAAGCGUCGGCCCGCUGCAUCAUGGCGCAGAUCCACAUCUUCAACGGCCGGCCGCAGUCCGAGAUCUUGGAGGCGCUGGAGGAGGCCAUGGCGCUGGCGGUCGAGGGUGGCGAGCCCAAGAUCGAAGGCACGGCGUUGCUGCUGAAGGCGGAAGUUCACCUCCAGGCGGAGGAGCUGAAGGAUGCGCUGAAUGCCGCGAGGCAGGCGCAGUUGCUACUGAAAGACGCAGACACCGCGUCCAAGGCCAAGGUGGAGGAGAUCUUGGACCGCCUCCGCGUGCACGAGUUCCGCGUGGACGAGGCCCCCUCCGCGCGGGCGACCUACGGUGGCUUUGACCCACGCCUGGCAGCCAUGAUGCCCGCUAUGGUGUCGGGGCCAGACCCUGCCACGGUUCGGGCCACCAUUCAGGAGGUGACCAGGAAGAUGGUGGGCAAAGAGGACGACGUGGAAGCAGACAUGCCGCUCAUGGACAUAGGCAUCAACAGCAUGAAUGCGGUUCUCUUCCGGAACAAGCUCACCAGUGAGUUCGCGGACAUCCAGCUUCCAACCACUUUGGUCUUUGACUACCCCACCGUCAAAGCUUUGUCCAGCCUGGUGGUGGAGCAGACCUCCGCUGCAGCCGCUGCAGCCAACCAGGCAGCCAUGGCUGCUAUGCCCGCCUUCCCGACCGCACUGGGAGCGAUGGGGGGGGCGAUGGCCCCGGUACGUGCGGAUCCAGCCAUCAUCACCAGCAAGAUCCAGGAGGUGACCAAAGGAAUGGUCGGCAGCAGUGGAGAUAUUGAUGCAGAUAUGCCACUGAUGGACAUAGGCAUCAACAGCAUGAACGCCGUUUUGUUCCGCAACAAGUUGGGCAGCACCUUCGAAGGCGUAGAGCUGCCCAGUACCUUGGUCUUCGACUUCCCCACCAUCCGCGCCAUGACGGACCUCUUGUCGCAGCUCACGGAGCAAUGAUGGUCACAAGCGCCUGGCCGUGUCUUUUUCCGGUAAGGUGCUUCCUGUUGGUGAGGAGGUU